AUGUUCCAAGAUGAUCCAAAUGAGGCUGUCAUGCCAGAUUAUGUAUCAGACAAACACUGGGAAGUGUGUCAGCAACUUGUGGCAGAGGGUCUCACAGACAACCAAGCCACUCGCUCUUUAGCAUCACUAUGGACAAUAACUAACAACGCAGCCAAGGAAUGUUGGGCUGCAAAACAGCAAAGGCUAGAGAAAAUCCAUCGGCAAAAUGAAGAAGAAGAAGAGCAUCAUUUACAACUUCUCCAUGACAAAGAAGAAGCCACUAGACUAGAAGAAAGAAAGAAAGAAAAACAAGAACAAAUACACACCCAUCAGGCAUGGAAAGCAUAUGCCAUCAGGAAGUUAAAAGUGGGUGAUUUUUGCAAAUUGCAUUACUUCACUAACAAAGGCCUGAAGGACACCAAAACUGCAGUGCUUGUCGCCAAACCAGAAGCACUAGUCAUGCUCCCAGAAGCCAACAGAGUGCACACAUGGGUUCCUGCAGCUGCCAUCAAAGACCCCAAAGCAGCAGCCAUCAUCAAGGACAAGCAUCUAUCCUGGGAAGAGUUCAAUGAAGCUGCUCCCCGCAUGAUCACCAUGAUGAGAGUCCAGGACUGGCCAGACAAUCACAUUGAUAUGCACAUACAAUUUUGGUCCACACUACAGAAUCACCACUGGCUCCACUCACCAGACCAAUUGAAGCAGCACACUCUGCUACUCUAUUGGUCCCAGCAACACCACAGGUGGUACCUCACAGUCAGGACAUUGCAAGGCUGGAGUCUCAAAGAAUUAAACCAAGACUUAUUGAUAGAGGCGAGAGAGGAAAUAUUUGACAAGCAUUUGGAGAAGCAAACAGCAAGAGCCAUUCAGGUCAGCUGCACUGCCAUGAGUAUCCUCAAGCCCCUCUAA